AUGCAAAGAUUCGCUCCUCUCGAUUUCCCCGGAGACGGCAGCCUCGUCGGCCUCUUUCACCACUACGACAUCCCCGCCGACUUCCUCACCGAGAGACUCAAAGUCUCGUGGUUCCAUUACCUCUGCAAGAACAUCGACGUCGAGCAAGUCUCGCCGCACGCCGGCCCCAGCAUCGUCGAGUCUCAUCCCGCAAACGCGGAGCCCCUCAGCCAGGACAACUGGACGUGGCUGCGCAGCGCCUUCUUCCUCAAGAGCGGCGUCGGCGGCCCUCCCGCGCCUUGCAUCACGCUCGUCUGCUUCGGCGCAUCCGCCUCCCUGGAGCAGAGGUUUCGGGACCUCGCCGCCAGCCCCAGCUGGACGCAGUGCCUCGAUGCGCCGUACAAUCUGCUCGUCGUGGUGCUCGACGAGCUCUUCCUCGAGAUGAACGACCAGGCGUGGAGGCUUGCCGACGUCUUUCGCACCAUCGAGCAGGCUGCUCUGAGGGAUUUUGCGAAAACGUCCCGGGUGUGGAUCACGCCCUCGAGGCAGGACAUUGUCGGGCUGCACAACAUCGCAAAGCAGUGCUUCUACCUGCGAGAGGCGUUUGACGCCAUCGACCUGACGGUUCAGGAACUGGUCCAGCAGCACCUCCGCAUCUGGCCCGACUCGCCGGCGCGGCAGUCCACGAGCUCCCUGCUCCGGUACAAGCUGGGGCUUUUCCGCUCCGUCAACCUCCGGCUAGCCAGCCUGGACAGGAGAAUCGCCAACAUCCACAGCCUGUCGUUCAACCUGAGGACCGCGCAGGACAGCAGGGUGAUGCAAAAGGACAGCAACGCCAUCAAGUCCAUCACGCUCCUGGCCUUUGUCUUCUUACCCGCCUCGACAGUCGCGGCGGUUUUCAGCACCCCGUUCUUCUCGGCAGACGACGGGGCCUCUCCGAAGCGGCUCGUCGUGUCGGAGAACGUGUGGAUGUUUUGGAGCGUCGUGGUGCCUUUGACGGUGGUGGUGGUGGUGUUGUGGCUGGCGCAUGACCGCAUCACGGUGAGGAGGUGGGAGAAGGCUCUCCAGCGUCGGGGGGAGGACAAGUGA